UAUUCCGUCGCCGGCUAGCUGGUAGCUCCCUCGGGUCAGGUCGCACGGCUACUUCUUUUUUGGAGGACAGUUGAAUCAUGGCGCUGCGCGUGACCCGGCUGCUCGUGCCGACCGGGGCGGCUGCUCUCAACGCGCUGAACGUCGCUCGGAAAGUGCGGUUUGUUGUCGUCGUCCAGGCAGGUGUUCACACCAGCCCGGUGAGAAGCCUGCGGUACGGCUGGCUGUCCUACGUGCUCGGCGAGAGGACCACGCCGCGGUUAAAUCAGAACAGCAGGAUCAUCACCCUGGACGGCAACCUGUCCUCAGGGAAAGGAGCUAUGGCCCAGCAGCUGGCCGACAAGCUGGGGAUGCUCUACAUGCCCGAGGCGGACACCUUCUACAUGGACAAGAUGACCGGCGAGAAGGAGCCGCUCCCCGUGGACUUCAACGGGAUGUGCAGCCUGGAGAAGUUCUACACGGAGCCCAGAGCCGCCGACGGGAACAGCUACCGGCUGCAGCUGUGGAUGUACACCAUGCGGCUGCUGCAGUACGCCGACGCCAUCGAGCACCUGCUCACGACAGGCCAAGGAGUGGUCCUGGAGCGCUCUCCCUUCAGCGACUUCGUGUUCCUGGACGCCAUGUUCAAUGAGGGCUACAUCAGGCCGGAGUGUGUGCAGCACUACAACGAGAUCAAAGGCAUCAGCCUCUGCGAGUUCCUGCCUCCGCACAUCGUCAUCUACAUGGACCUGCCGGCCGAGGAGGUGCAGAAGAAGCUGCAGCAGAGCGGCAAGUCCCAUCUGCAGAACGUGCCCCUGUCGUACCUGAAGGGCAUCGAGGACAGCUACAAGAACUCUUUCUUGCCCCAAAUCAGCGAAAAGACGGACGUGUUCUCUUACGAUAUGACCAAAGCCCUAAAUGUCAAAAUGCUGGUAGAUGACAUCAAAUACUCAAAGUUUGAGGGAGGGCCGUGGCUGGAGCAGGACGACAUCAGCUACCACCAAAUGAGGAUGCUCGUGGAAGACAAGCAGCGGGUGGCGACUCUGACCCACAUACCGAAGUUCCUCCCAGAGAUCACCAUCGGGGCCCACGACUACGACGAGAAAUACUACGCCUUCAGAUCGCUCCCCGGGAAGAAGUACGCGUCUGGUUAUAACGCAGAUGUUGGAGAUAAAUUCAUCUGGCUGAAGUGAGUCCAGCUCCCUGCUGUGCGUCCCUAAAUAUUAUGUAUGUAUUGAAAGAAAGAAAUAAUUAAAUUUUGAAUCUACGCAAAA